GAAUGGAUAUAAGGCAGUGUUUGCAGUUGGUGCUGUUUGCAUUUCUGCCCUGUGUGGCUGUGGCACAAGUUGAACCAUCUCUUGUAGAAAAUGCACAUCUCCUCUCUCCAGAAGAAUACAAAUUGGUUUUGAAUUUAGAACAAAAAGAUUAUCCAAGUGACUGCUACGAGGCCUUGCAGCGCUCUGAUGGUGUCUCCCAGGAUGGUGUCUACGUGAUCAAGCCAAUGAAAUCCCACAUUGUGGUAUUCUGUGACAUGCUGAAUGGCGGCUGGACUGUUAUCCAGCAUAUCACCGUAAACAGUAGCGUGGACUUCGACAGGACCUGGCACGAUUACAAGCUGGGCUUCGGGGCAGUGAGUGGAGACCACUGGCUUGGGAACGAGUACCUAUACCAAAUAACCAACAAGGGCGGGAGAUACAAGCUGGGAAUCAAACUGGUUGACAUGGACGCUGGAACCAAGGCUGGGGAGUAUGAUCCUUUCUGUGUGGAAGGAGAGGAAACUCAGUAUAAGAUCCGCUUGGGUCUGUAUGAGGGGGCUGCAGUGGAUGCUCUUACGCAGGAUACAGAGGCAUAUCUCCAUGACAACCAGAAGUUCACCACCAAAGACAGAGACAACGAUAACUACUACCAGAACUGUGCCCAGCUGGAGUAUCUCGGAGUGCCGGGGGGUGGCUGGUGGUACGACGCCUGUGCCGGCGCCAACCUCAAUCGUAGGAAUGUAAUUUAUUGGCAGAAAGACUGCAACAAGGAACACCUCUGCAAGUAUGCCUGGAUGAUGGUGAAGCCCACUGAGUAUAUGAAGAUGACCAAGCCUGGAAACUGUCGUCGUGAUGAAUUGUGAUGCAAACUAAAACUGAAUAUUUAACUUGUUAAUGAAUCCCUUGUGAAAGUUUACCACAGUAUAUUUGCGCUGUAUUUUUAAAAAAGAUUUCCAGUGCUUUUUCGAUGGCUAUACUAUGCAAUUACCAUAGUUUAAAAUGAUUUGCCAUUUUUUUUUAAAUUUGCUUUACCAUACCUCUCUGUGCUUUGCACUGCUUACCUAUGCUUUACCAUGCUUUCACUGAGCUUUAGCACAUCUUUUACUUUACCUUUUAAACUUUAAUAAAGAAUGAUUGGGUCUGUCAUCCAAGGUACAUUUUGAAAAAUCAAAGUGUACCCCGGUUGAGACAAAUCUAUCGUUUUGUACCUCGCCCUCCUAUUUCAAAUGUCUUGUAUCUUGUUAUGAGUCGUUUCCGCAUCCCUUUGUUAUAACAUUUGUCAGACUUACAGAUUGUAGCAGAGGUGCCAUAGUGGGAGAGAAUGUGUGAGAUCGGUCUGUUUUACUUCUUUAAAUAUUUUUGGAUUUUUCAGUGAUUUAUGCGUCAAUAUGGGCGAUAAUAAUGAUCAGGAGGCGAGUAUUUUGUGAUGAUGUCGUUGGAGUAAGUAUUAUCUUGUCUACAGUGAUAUAUUCUGCCUUUAUCUCCCUCCCCUUUCUCAUCAUAUCGGCCGCUGCACAUGUCUGAAUGCUUUUACGAUAAUCAAGCAAUUCACCCUGAGCCACACCAUUUUGAUCGCAGGUGACAGUGUUGGGAAAUUGGAAUGCACGUGCCAUGCCUGAGCAGAAAUUAAUGGUCUGCAGCAAAUGCUACUUCUCAUGAAAUUUGAAAAGCCGUUUGUCUAUCUCCGCAGGCAGCAAUAUACUUGCUCAUCUUCUGAGUGGCUCACCUGGUAAAAGCACAGCCAUGUGGUGUGUGAAAUCGUCAGCCUUCACUGGGGUAACACAAGAUACAGUUAAUUAAGAAACAACAUAGUUUGUACAGACAUCCCAUUACAAAAUGCCAGUCUUGAAAGAUUAACAGUAUGUUUGGGUAUAUCAUACAUUUAAUGAAUUAUUUUUUUCAAUUCAAACUUAGCUGUAGGGAAUUAGCCAAUUUGUUUAAAAUACUAUAUGAAAGCUGCCAAUUAAUGUAACUUUUAUGUGACUGUUCCUUAAAUAGUUGAUGGUAAAUGCACUAUGCUAAAGCCAUGUGGUUUUUUGUAUACUGUGAGAUUCCAUAAUUAUA